UUAGACGUGUUUCAGUAACAGGAAGUGGUCACUGAACCCUGCAGAGCAGCAGAGACAGAGAAGAUAGUGAUGAUCACCUCCAACCAAUCAGGAGCAUCUGUAUGAAGACAUAUAAGUGUUUAGUUUCAGGGUGAUGAUUGAUCCUUUCAUCAGCUGUGAUCGUCGACAGAUCAUCGCUCUCAACCUGCAGCAGAGUCUCUACUUCCUGUGCAGAGGAAGUUCAGGAGGACAACAUCAAUAAAUAAAUAACAAGUGUGUAAUGGAGGAGGAAAACAAGAACCAGACAACUAGACCACCGGACUCAUCCACCGACACCGAGGACCUGAACACCACCGACAUACAGAUCUUAGCAGGACAAAAGAUGGCAACACCUCCAGAGGUUGUCUUGGAGUGUUUGGAGGAUUUGGGAUCUGAAGACUUUGAAAAAUUCAAGUGGUACCUGUAUCAGCGGGGGGUCUUUGAAGGCUUCAAAGCAAUCCCAAAGAGUCGACUGGAGAAAGCAAACAGAACUGAAACAGUGGAUCAGAUGUUCGAGAACUACUGUAUUAACACUAUUGAAGUGACCAGAAUGGUUUUGGGGAAGAUCAGUCAGAAGGAUCUAUUGGAACGUUUGUCAAACACCAUCUCAGAUCCUUCAGAGAUUCUUAUUGUGUGCCAGUGCAAACUGAAGUCUAGCCUGAAGAAGAGGUUCCAGUGUGUGUUUGAGGGGAUUGCUAAAGCAGGAAACCAAACCCUUCUGAAUCAGAUCUACACAGAGCUCUACAUCACAGAGGGAGGGACUGCAGAAGUCAAUGAUGAACAUGAGGUCAGACAGAUUGAAACAGCAUCCAGGAAACCAGACAGACCAGAAACAACAAUCAGACAAGAAGAAAUCUUUAAACCCUCACCUGGAAGAGAUGAACCAAUCAGAACAGUGAUGACAGUGGGAGUGGCUGGGAUUGGGAAAACAGUCUUAACACAGAAGUUCACUCUGGACUGGGCUGAAGACAAAGCCAACCAGGACAUACACUUCACAUUUCCAUUCACUUUCAGAGAGCUGAAUAUGCUGAAAGAGAAAAAGUACAGCUUGGUGGAACUUGUUCAUCACUUCUUUACUGAAACCAAAGAAGCAGGAAUCUGCAGGUUUGAAGAGUUCCAGGUUGUGUUCAUCUUUGACGGUCUGGAUGAGUGUCGACUUCCUCUGGACUUUGCCAACACUAAGAUCCUGACUGAUGUUACAGAGUCCACCUCAGUGGAUGUGCUGCUGACAAACCUCAUCAGGGGGAAACUGCUUCCCUCUGCUCGCCUCUGGAUAACCACACGACCUGCAGCAGCCAAUCAGAUCCUUCCUGAGUGUGUUGGCAUGUUGACAGAGGUCAGAGGGUUCACUGAUCCACAGAAGGAGGAGUACUUCAGGAAGAGAUUCAGAGAUGAGAAGCAGGCCAGAACAAUCAUCUCCCACAUCAAGACAUCAAGAAGCCUCCACAUCAUGUGCCACAUCCCAGUCUUCUGCUGGAUCACUGCUACAGUUCUGGAGCAUGUGUUGAAAAACAGAGGGGGAGGACAGCUGCCCAAGACCAUGACUGAGAUGUACCUCCGCCUUGUAGUGCUUCAGUCCAAACUGAAGAAUGUCAAGUAUGAUGGAGGAGCAGAAAAAGAUCCACACUGGAAACCAGAGAGCAGGAAGAUGAUUGAGUCUCUGGGGAAACUGGCUUUUGAGCAGCUGCAGAAAGGCAACCUGAUCUUCUAUGAAUCAGACCUGACAGAGUGUGGCAUCGAUAUCAGAGAAGCCUCAGUGUGCUCAGGAGUGUUCACACAGGUCUUUAAAGAGGAAGACUGUGGGAUGUUUGAAGAAACAGUGUUCUGCUUCAUCCAUCUGAGUGUUCAAGAGUUUCUGGCUGCUCUUCAUGUCCAUCUGACAUUCAUGAACUCUGGAGUCAAUCUGCUGGCAGAAGAAAAAAAAACACCCUGGUGGUCUAAAAUAAGAAAAGAUAAAUCAACACAUUUCUACCAGAGUGCUGUGGACGUGGCCUUACAGAGUCCAAAUGGACACCUGGACUUGUUCCUCCGCUUCCUCCUGGGUCUGUCACUGCAGACCAAUCAGACUCUCCUAAGAGGUCUGCUGACACAGACAGGAAGUAGCUCACAGACCAAUCAGGAAACAGUCAAGUACAUCAAGAAGAAGAUCAGUAAGAAUCUGUCUGCAGAGAGAAGCAUCAAUCUGUUCCACUGUCUGAAUGAACUGAAGGAUCGUUCUCUAGUGGAGGAGAUCCAACAGUACCUGAGAUCAGGACGUCUCUCCACAGAUAAACUGUCUCCUGCUCAGUGGUCAGCUCUGGUCUUCAUCUUACUGUCAUCAGAAAAAGAUCUGGACGUGUUUGACCUGAAGAAAUACUCUGCUUCAGAGGAGGCUCUUCUGAGGCUGCUGCCAGUGAUCAAAGCCUCCAACAAAGCUCUGUAAGUACACAGAUAGUUGGAUUUAUUUAUCAUGAUAUAAAUGUGGGUUAGGGUUAACACUAAC